AUGGUCAUAUGUCCAAUUUGCGACAAGUCGGUGAAACAAAACAAGAUCAACGCCCACCUGGACUCUGGCUGCCAAAGCUUCGUGGACUUAGACUCAAGCCAAACCGAUGGCACCUCCCAAGGGCCUCAGACGCCCAUUCAUGUAUCAUCAUUUUUCCAGAACUCCGCUAGAAAGGCUGCUCCUCCUGAGACUGUAUCGAAAAUAGACAGCCCGGUAACAUCUUCCAUACCAACCCAAAGUCUCAAAGGGAAACGAUCGUUCACGGACCAUUGGGCCCCCGAACAAGCUCUGAACGGGCUCGGAAAUGCUAAGCCGAAUUUUUCGGAGGAGGACAGCAGCCUCGUGGUGAAGCGGAGCCGGACAUCUAAUGCCCUCGAAAAUGCGGCUCCGUUGGCAGAGCGUAUGCGCCCACGAUCAUUAGACGACGUCUACGGACAAGAGCUUGUCGGACCGUCAGGAGUACUUCGCGGGCUUAUUGAACAGGACCGGGUACCAAGCAUGAUACUCUGGGGUGGUGCUGGAACAGGAAAGACGACUAUUGCGCGCGUCAUUGCAAAGAUGGUCGGUAGUAGAUUUGUGGAAAUUAACAGCACCAACUCCGGAGUCGCGGAAUGUAAAAAGCUAUUUUCUGAGGCGAAAAAUGAGCUAAGUUUGUCUGGGAGGAAAACAAUCAUUUUUUGUGAUGAGAUCCACCGAUUUUCUAAAUCACAGCAGGAUGUGUUCCUCGGCCCCGUUGAGAGCGGCCAAAUAACUUUGAUUGGUGCUACCACUGAGAAUCCUUCCUUCAAGGUCCAAAACGCUCUCUUGUCACGAUGCCGGACGUUUACUCUCGCGAAGCUCACAGACGAGGAUAUCGUUUCGAUACUUAAUCGCGCACUGAAAGUUGAAGGCCCAAAUUAUUCUCCCUCGCCUCUAGUGGACGACGAGUUGAUCAAGUAUCUUGCUGCGUUCGCUGAUGGGGAUGCUCGGACAUCCCUCAACUUAUUAGAACUUGCAAUGGACCUAUCGCGACGUGAAGGAAUGACUCGGGAGGAUCUUAAAAAGUCAUUAACCAGGACCCUCGUCUACGAUCGCGCCGGUGACCAACAUUAUGACACUAUAUCCGCGUUUCAUAAGUCCAUUCGGGGCAACGACCCUGAUGCCUCUCUCUAUUAUCUUGCACGGAUGAUUCAAUCUGGCGAAGAUCCACUGUACAUCGCUCGACGCCUAAUCGUGGUUGCAUCCGAGGAUAUUGGACUAGCGGACAAUUCAAUGCUGUCACUUGCUACCUCUGCGUAUAUCGCCGUAGAAAAAAUCGGCAUGCCUGAAGCUCGUAUCAAUCUUGCUCAUGCUACCGUUGCUUUGGCCUUAUCUAAGAAAAGCACAAGAACAUAUCGAGGCCUUAGCAACGCGUUAGCAGUUUUAGAGGAACCCGGAAUGGCUGGUCUGCCCAUCCCCAUACAUUUACGCAAUGCUCCGACAAGGUUAAUGAAAGAUAUGGGUUAUGGGAAGGAAUACAAGUAUAAUCCGAACUAUGUUGAUGGAAAAGUCGCCCAGGUCUAUCUUCCUGAAAAGCUACUUGGCAAAAAAUUUUUAGAAGAUCGCGAUCUUGGGCUUCAGGUAGAUGCAGACCUUUCUGAUAGCGUUGAAUACAGUGGCGGUUGA